UUUUGUAAAGUGUGGUCGAAAAAAAAUUUCUUUCCUCUCUCGAAUUCAAUGUGAUUGAAGUUAAAAAAAAAAAAAAAAAAUUUUUUUUAAUUUUUUCUUCAACAAAGUGAAAUCUAAAAAUUUUUACCAAUUAAACAAUAAUAUAAAUUAUAUUUAUAACAAUUACUUAUCAAAAAAAAAAAACGAAAAAAAAUUUAUAAUAAUUAUACAAUAAAUUAUUAUUAUUGUUAUAAUAAAAGUGAUCUAUUUUUUAUUAUCAUCUCUAUAUAAUAUAAUAAUAAUAAUAAUAAUAACAAAAGUACCAAGGGGCUAAUUUUUCUUUUUUAUAAUGCCCGUUAACAUGCAAAAUAAAUAAAAAUAAUAAUAACAAAAAAUAAUAAUAAUAAAGUAUACAAUAAAUAAUUCCAGUUUUGUAAAAAAAAAAGUGACAGUGACUAAACUAUAGUUUUAUAUAAACAAACUUACUUUCGAUAAAUUGUUAUUAUUUUACUUAAUUCCCUAUUUUAUAUAGGGAAUUUUUGUUUUCAAUUUUAGUUUUGGUGGCAAAAAGUAGUGCAAAAAAAAAAGUUAAUUUAAAUGAAAACUAGAAGAAAAAGAAGAUGAUGAUAAUAAACAAAAUGGAAUAUUGUAAAAAAGUGAUUUCAAUGGAUAGUGUAAAUUUAGUGAAUAACUGGAUUCCUCAGUUUCGUCUUUAAGAAGAAAGAAAGAAAAAAAAAUUUAAAAAAAAAAAAAAACAGACUAAAACCAAAAAUGAAUCUAAUUUGGACAACGUUGGCCCUAAUGGCAAUUACGAGCCUCGUAAAUGCCUGGGGCAUUUACCACACUGGUCAUCAUCCUGGCACUGACACAAAAUGCGAAAGGCUAAGCGUUUCCUUUUGUCGAGGUCUUGGCUAUAACCUCACGUCCAUGCCAAAUUUUAUGGGCCACGAAAAUCAGUUACAAGCUGAACGCGGGCUUCAACAAUUUAUGCCAUUGGUGCAUAAUAAUUGUUCACGACAUUUGAUGAUAUUUUUUUGCGCUGUUUUUGCACCUGUAUGUUCGGAAAAUAUGGCUAUUCCACCAUGUAAACCAUUGUGCUUGUCGGUGAGACGUGCUUGUGAGCCAGUAUUAUCGAGAUUCAAUCUUCCUUGGUUAAAUAUACUUGACUGUGAUCGUUUCCCAGAAUCAAAAUUCAGUGGAAAUACUCUUUGCGUGCAACCGCCACAGGAAGAAGCAACUCUAUCGGAAACCCUAUCGCAAGUUGUUUCGCCAGCAAUACAGCAGCAAUGGCCUGCUCAAUCAUUGCAACCAACUCAGCUACCUGCUGCAACCAAUCACCAUAAUCAAUGUCCAAAACAUUUUAUUCAAGCACCGGAUAUUCAUAACAUAACGUGUAUUCCAAAGUGUGGUGCAGACGCUUAUUAUCGGACAGAGGACAAAAGAUUCACAGAACGUUGGAUGAUUGGAUGGGCAUGGCUUUGUUUUCUCUCGACGCUUUUUACUCUUCUCACAUUCUGGGUGGAUCCCUCUCGAUUUCGUUAUCCUGAAAGGCCAAUUGUCUUUCUUGCUUUGUGUUAUAAUUUACUAUCGGUCGCUUUCAUCAUUCGAGGGGCUGUUGGUUCUGAAAAUUUGAGCUGUGCCAAUCAACAUGAUGGGCCAUCUUAUGUACCAGUACACGAUGGUCUAAGAAGUAUUCCUUGCACAAUUUGGUGGUUCGCGAGAUAUUAUUUUGGAUUAGUAAGCAGCGUCUGGUGGAUGAUUCUCUGCGGUUGUUGGUUUCUAAGUGCAAAACAUGAAUGGAGCAGUGAAGCUUUACACAAUAUUGCAACUUAUUUGCACGCCGUCGCCUGGGGCCUGCCAAUUCUUCUCACUACUGGUUCACUCAUUGCAAAAAGUGUCGUAGCAGACGAAUUAACGGGCCUCUGUCAAAUUGCCGACGAAUCUGCCAUCUGGCUCGAAGUAUUUCCACAUGCAAUACUUCUAUUUUUAGGUUGUAUUUUUGCAUGUCUAGCUGGUGGCGCACUCGUUCGUGUAAGACGAGCCGUACGAUCAGCUGGUCGUAGUGCAACAAAGCUAGAACGACUAAUGACAAGACUGGGAAUAUUUGCAUUACUCUAUGCAUUACCAGCACUUGGUUCAUUGGCUUGUACAAUUUAUGAAUCACGUAUUAAACCAUUGUGGCGUGAAUUUGCAUUUUUAGCCGCAUAUAAUUGUAUAAAUGCACAAAAUUGUGAUCACGGUCCAAUUUAUUCGGCAGCUGGACUUGAAGUUGCAUUAUUGAGGCUUUUUUUGUCAUUGGUAAUUGGCGUCACUGCCGGUAUGUGGGUUUGGUCAGGAAAAACAUGUAGAGCAUGGAGUCGAUUAUUAGCGGCUCCCAGUAAAUUAUCAAGGCCACCAGUCAAUCUUGAGGCAAAUCAUCAUCAAUACGUCGAUUACAGUAUGUUCCAUGGAUUGAAAUCAGUCGAUUCUGUGGCUGUUGCGUGAAAAAAAAAUUAUUUAUAACAAAAUUUAAAAAAAAAACAAAAGUUUUUGUAGUAUUUAUAAAAAAAAAAUUCUAUUUUGUAAUUUUUACAACAAAGUGACUCAACAUACGUGAAGAUUUCUCCUGACGGUAAUAAAGGAACCUUUAUUAUUAGUCGAUAAUAUAGAAAUCUUUAUUGACAUCAGUCGAUAAUACAGAAUUCUUUAUUGUCAUCAGUCGGUAAUACAGAAAUCUUUAUUAUCACCAGUCGGUAAUACAGAAUUCUCAACUAUCCUCAUGUCGGUAAUGUAGAAAUCUAACUAAAAUUUUGUAAUUUUAAUUUUAAAAAAAGGAAUCCUUUAUUACCGUCUGUCGGUAAUAUAGACAUUUUUGUAAUUUUAGCACGAAAAAAAGAAAGAUUGUCUUUUUUUUUAAUACAUACAGUAUUGUAACUUUUUUUAAAAAAAAGUUUUUGUAUAUUUAAAAAAUAAUAUCUAUUUUCUCGUAACAUUUUGUAUAUUUUGUAAAUAUUGUAAAUGAAUGAAUAUUGAAAUAAGGCUUGAAAAGUACUUAUCGUAUGUAUUAUUGUAUAUAGUGAUUGUUUAUUGUAACAAAAAAUACAUAAAAUAAAAUUUUACAUUUUAAUAUUUCUUAAA